AUGAAAACUUUUGAUGGAACAAAAACAAAACUGAAGACGGAAGGAUUUACCGUGAAAUCAACUAUGAAGAACUCGGUGGUUGUGGGUCCUUCUGCAGCUGGAGCUUUUAAAGAGCGUCCAGCCAGACCCACAUCUUUUCGGAAGUUCUACGAACGUGGAGAUUUCCCCAUUGCACUGGAGCAUGACACCAAGGGCAAUCACAUUUCCUGGAAGGUGGAGAUUGAAAAACUGGAUUAUCACCACUACCUGCCGCUGUUCUUCGAUGGUCUGUGUGAGACAUCUCACCCAUAUGAGUUCUUUGCCCAGCAGGGUGUACACGACAUGCUGGAACACGGUGGCACCAAAGUCCUGCCAGUCAUCCCUCAGCUCAUCAUCCCCAUAAAGAAUGCUCUGAACACAAGGAACAGGCAGGUGAUCUGUGCCACACUGAAGGUUCUGCAGCACCUUGUGGUGUCAGGAGAGAUGGUCGGAGAAGCUCUGGUGCCAUACUACAGACAGAUCCUGCCCAUCCUCAACAUGUUCAAGAACAUGAACACAAACAGCGGUGAUGGCAUUGAUUACAGCCAACAGAAGCGGGAGAACAUUGGUGAUCUUAUUCAAGAGACACUAGAGGUGUUUGAACGCUAUGGAGGAGAGGACGCCUUCAUCAACAUCAAAUACAUGGUGCCCACUUAUGAGUCCUGUCUACUCAACUAA